AUGCCCGAGUGGUUCAACAGCAUCGAAGUUACCUUCAUUAACAGCGAGUGCCCAGAUCACUUGAAAACUAGGAGUGCGACUGGAAUGUUCCAAGGCAGAGCGUUGGAGUGGUGGUCGAACAAGAGAAACAUCCGUUCUAAUGAAGAAUCCUAUGCUCUUUCGUGGGCUGAGGUUGGUGAUGACAACUUGGCUUAUACUACCCGGUUUAAGCAGCCAAGUCUUAUCGUCCCUCACUUGGUUUCGACCCCUAAGCGGAUGAUAACCAAGUAUAUCAAUGGUCUACCUCCUGCUAUGCGUGAUUCUAUUGAAGCAACUCAGUUAGAAACUAUUGAGGAAGUCUACCGUCUGGCAGCAAGUUUGGACAACAAUCGUGUGGGUGUUCUCAUGGCGUUUUUCAUAUGCGGAUACUCUAUGGUGUUUGUACCGUUCACUGAUAUAGACAAUCAUCACUGCAAUAUUACAUUUGGUGCAGCAUUAUUGGCGUCGGAAACUGCUGACACGUAUAUUUGGUUGUUGAGAGUUUUUCUUAAAGCUGUUGGUUCUCAACCAAAAGUUGUUGUCACUGACCAAGAUCCAGUGAUGAAGAAGGCUAUUUCUGUUGUAUUUGUUGACACGAGGCAUCGUUUAUGCAUGUGGCAUGUGAUGCAUAAACUUUAUCUGAAGGUUGGUGUUAGGCUAUGCAAUUCCACCAAUUUUAAAGAACGUAUCUGUGGUGUUGUGUGGACGGAUAUUCUCACACCUGAAGAGUUUGAAUUAGAAUGGGAAAUGGUUAUUGCGGAAUUCAAUUUAGAAGAUAAUGAUUGGUCGGAGAGCGAGAAUCAUUUUUUUGGUCAAGUGUGCAAUUCGAAAGCUACUCGUGUUGAGUUCAUGACGCAUUAUGAGACUGCAGUAGAAGCACAUCGUCACACACAUCCUGAGCUUAUUGGAGUUGCGGAUUGCAUAAAUCAACGUUACGAAGAUCAUCCUGGUGGGUUUGUUAAGUUUUAUAUAAAUGACUUCCAACAGCUUUGUACAUCCUUAUUUGAGACAAACAUUCUAUGCAUGGCGUUACAGAGAUAUUGUUUUUGGCGUUUUUCAGGUGUUGUUCCACAUAUAUUCUAUGUUUUGAGACUUAUGGACAUUAGGGAAUUUCCAAAACAAUACAUUAUGAAUAGAUGGCGCAAAGAGGCCUCCCCAAACUGCUCUCCUGAAUGCUCAAUUAGUCGUGAAUAUAUGACCGAGCUUGAUCCUGAUGUGCAAAGUAUGAUACGAGAUGUUAUUUAUUCAACCGAAUACACUUUGAACCGUUUAUCUGGUAAUAAAGAGGAGCUAUCCUUAUACAAGGAUCAUGUUCAAUCUUAUAUGAAGAAGGUUCAAGAUAUGCAGAUUGUUGCUCCUCCCGCUAGUUCUAGGGAUAGAUUUGCCAAGAUAACUGGUCGAUAUAAAAAUGACAAGAAUCCGAUAAGAGUCCCUGUAGGUUAUGAAUCCAAAGGUUCCGAUUCUCGAAAGCGCUUAAAAUCUAAACAGGAGAUAACAGUUGACAAAAAGAAAUCAAAGUCGAAACCCGGGGCAAAAGAAAGAUAG